CAGCACCCUAAACGCCGGCUUGGCGAGGGCGGGGUGGGGAGUGGGCAUGAGCCUGUGACUAGGAACGUCGGUUCUGGGAGAUGCUAGUCCCGGGGGCCCGUAAGCUGGGCAUAAAGCGCGCGGAGGUCCUAACGAUAACGGGUCGAGAGGAACUGAAGCCGUGGGGGUGCCCUCGCAGAGGGCCUGCACACAGACCCCCGAGGACCAGGGAGCCACUCCAGGUCCCUGCAGAUGCUGUGUCAGUGUCACAGGGUUCCUCAUGCCUGCACGUGGGAAAUCUGAAUAAAGACCCGUCCGUUCUGGGGGCGGCCCCCUGGAGGGGCCUGUAACGAUGUUCAUGUGCCAGAGAGUCCUCAGAGAAGCGUGUAGACUCGAGUGCUUCCUUAGGGUGGGCAUAAAUAAGGAGUUAGGAACUGGGAGUCUCCCCCAAAUAAUUUGCAAAUAGACACUUGGAUUCUGGGAGAUCCUCAAAAGGGGUGUGUGUGUGCAGAGAUGUAUACGUACUGAGGAGACCCCCUCCAAAGAAAUGUGUAAUUAGACUCCGUUUCUGGGAGGUCACCAUGGAAUCCUGUCAAUAGACACAUAAAUAGAUGGGCUUUAUACGUUUUGGGGGAAUCCCCCAAGGAGCUUGGAAACAACAUUGAAGGUCUCCAAAUUGCAUGUAGGUGGACCCUUAUUCUGGGUAACUGUCCACAGGGGCUGAUAAAUAGACUCAAAUACUGUGGAGGUUUCCAGAAUAACACGCAAAUGGGCACUUCUUUGCAUGGGAAGGGGGCCUGUAGGUAGUAAACGCUGUGGGGGACAGAAUCCCCACUGAGGCUGAAAACAGACACUUAAGCACAGCAGAGGUCGUCAGAAUAAUGAGUACACAGACGCUUAAUUGCCAGGGAGGAAGCUGGGAGUCCCAAGUUCUGCGGAGACUUUUGGCGACCAUGUCUGAGUCUGGUCACAGUCAGCCUGGGCCCUAUGGUCUAGAGAGGCGGCGACGGUGGAAGGAGCCUGGCCCCGGCGGCCCCCAGAACCUCUCUGGGCCUGGUGGUCGGGAGAGGGAUUACAUUGCACCAUGGGAAAGAGAGAGACGGGAUGGCAGCGAAGAGACAGGUGCCUCCAUCAUGCAGAAAACCCCCAUCAUCCUCUCCAAACCUCCGGCAGAGCGGUCAAAGCAGCCACCACCUCCAGCAGCCCCUGCUGCCCCACCUGCCCCAGCCCCUCUUGAGAAGCCCAUCGUCCUCAUGAAACCACGGGAGGAGGGCAAAGGGCCUGCGGCCGCAACAAAUGCCUCAGCCCCCGAGGGCACCACCCCACCACCCCCUGCAGCCCCCGUGCUACCCAAGGGGGAGAAGGAGGGGCAGAGACCCACACAGCCUGUGUACCAGAUCCAGAACCGGGGCAUGGGCACUGCCGCGCCAGCAGUUAUGGACCCUGUCGUGGGCCAGGCCAAACUGCUGCCUCCAGAGCGCAUGAAGCACAGCAUCAAGUUGGUGGAUGACCAGAUGAAUUGGUGCGACAGUGCCAUUGAGUACCUGCUGGAUCAGACUGAUGUGCUGGUGGUUGGUGUCCUGGGCCUCCAGGGGACAGGCAAGUCCAUGGUCAUGUCAUUGUUGUCAGCCAACACUCCUGAGGAGGACCAGAGGGCGUAUGUUUUCCGGGCCCAGAGCGCUGAAAUGAAGGAACGAGGGGGCAACCAGACCAGUGGAAUCGACUUCUUUAUUACCCAAGAGCGGAUUGUUUUCCUGGACACUCAGCCCAUCCUGAGCCCCUCCAUCUUGGACCAUCUCAUCAACAACGACCGCAAGCUGCCUCCAGAGUACAACCUGCCCCACACCUAUGUUGAGAUGCAGUCACUCCAGAUUGCCGCCUUCCUUUUCACGGUCUGCCACGUGGUGAUUGUAGUCCAGGACUGGUUCACGGACCUCAGUCUAUACAGGUUCCUCCAGACAGCAGAGAUGGUGAAGCCCUCCACCCCGUCCCCCAGCCACGAGUCCAGCAGCUCAUCAGGCUCUGAUGAAGGCACUGAGUACUACCCCCACUUGGUGUUCCUACAGAACAAAGCUCGCCGAGAGGACUUCUGUCCUCGAAAGCUGCGGCAGAUGCACCUGAUGAUCGACCAGCUCAUGGCUCACUCCCACUUGCGUUACAAGGGUACUCUGUCCAUGUUACAGUGCAACGUCUUCCCUGGGCUCCCCCCUGACUUCCUGGACUCUGAGGUCAACUUGUUCCUGAUGCCCUUCAUGGACAGCGAAGCGGAGAGUGAAAACCCACCAAGAGCGGCAGGACCCAGCUCCAGCCCACUCUUCUCCCUACUCCCGGGGUACCGUGGUCACCCCAGCUUCCAGUCCUUGGUGAGCAAACUCCGGAGCCAAGUGAUGUCCAUGGCCCGGCCGCAGCUGUCACACACAAUUCUCACCGAGAAGAACUGGUUCCACUAUGCUGCCCGGAUCUGGGACGGGGUGAAAAAGUCCUCUGCCCUGGCAGAGUAUAGCCGUCUGCUGGCCUGAGACCGAGGGGCGCAGUGUCAUGCAGGAAGCCGUUUCUGGGCCCAGUGGAUGGCAAUGGAGCAUGUCCGUCCUCGACCCUCUGGCAAGGUGGAGAGUGGCAGUAGGCCUGGUGGAUGAGGAACCGUGACUUCCUCGCCCGGAGACGUGAGGCGUUCAGGGUCAGGCCCCUUCCCCUCAAUGGAGCAUUUUUCAGGGACGACUUUGAGAUCCUACCCCCAGCCUGGGACAGGACAGCCCAUCCUUAGUCCCCCACAGGGAUAGGUGGUGGGAGGAGGCUGAAUGGUCACCACGGAGCAUGGCUCCAUCCUGACCCUCUGCAGGGACAGGAGCAACAGGUCCCUCUUCCCUGACUCCCAGCCCUUCCCUAUAAGGUGAGGCCCAGUCUUGGGAGCUCUUUAUUGGAGCAGAUCUGGUGGUGCAAAUAAAAACAGUUAUGCAAG